AUGGCGUCCGACAUGACAGCCCCGAUUCUGGACGCCUUGUCCGCGUCCGAUGCGCCCCUCCUCUCAAACGAAGCCUUCCCCUCCACCCCCUCAUCGACCAUUAAAAGUGCGCUGGACCGCCUGGGCUCGCGACAGAUGAUCGAGUAUGAAGCCAUUGAUAAGGAUAUCCUCACUCUGACCCCUGAAGGUGAAGAGAUUGCCGCCAAUGGUAGCCACGAGGCCAAGGUUUUCGCCGCUGUGGUCGCCGCUCUGGACGGCCUCAAGAUUACCGAUUUGCCCGGGAUUGUGGGGAAGGACAACGCCAAGAUUGGUCAGGGUAAUGCCUUCAAGCGUGGCUGGAUCAAGAAGGACAGUGACAAGCUCCGCGCAAUCAAGGAGACUAUUGUCGAUGAGACCCGCGAGCUGCUGCUCAGCGUGCAGAGCACAAAGGCUCUGUCCGAUAGCAAGGUUCUCGCAGACCUGAAGCGAAGGAAACUCCUUACUGUGAGCAAGGAAAUCACCUACAAGUUCUCCAAGGGCCCCAAGUAUGCCCGAGAGUUCGUUAAGGAGGAGACCGAUCUCACCCCGGAGAUGCUUGCCAGCGGCUCCUGGAAGACCGCCAAUCUGAAGGCCUACAACUUUAACGCCAAGGGCGCACCCACUCCCUCCGGUGCCCUGCACCCUCUUAACAAGGUGCGAUCCGAGUUCCGCAACAUCUUCUUCGAAAUGGGUUUCCAGGAGAUGCCCACCAACCGCUUCGUCGAGACUGGCUUCUGGAACUUCGACGCCCUCUUCGUCCCCCAGCAACACCCUGCCCGUGAUCUCCAAGAUACUUUCUAUAUCGCCGACCCUCUGCAUGCGGACCGCCCGCGCGAGGACCCCAUCGACGACCCUCAUCGCCUUCAGCUCGCACAGACCUCCUCAGAGGCCCAGAACAAGCCUCUGGACUACCAGCAGUACUGGGACAACGUGCACGAGGUUCACGAGAAGGGCAAGUUUGGCUCCAUCGGUUACCGUUAUCCAUGGAACGCAGACGAGUCGCUACGUCUUGUUCUCCGUACUCACACCACCUCCGUCUCCGCGUACGUACUACACCAGCUCGCUGCUAACCCGCGGCCGGCCCGCUUCUUCUCCAUCGACCGUGUCUUCCGUAACGAGGCCGUCGAUGCCACCCACUUGGCGGAGUUCCACCAGAUCGAGGGUGUCAUUGCGGACUUUGGACUCACCCUUGGUGGUCUGAUUGGUUUCAUGGAGGUCUUCUUCAAGAAGAUGGGUAUCCACCAGCUGCGCUUCAAGCCUGCUUACAACCCUUACACCGAGCCCAGUAUGGAGAUCUUCGGUUACCACGAGGGCCUGGGUAAGUGGGUUGAGAUCGGUAACAGUGGUAUGUUCCGACCUGAGAUGCUGGAGUCCAUGGGCAUCCCCAAGGGCAUGCAGGUAUACGGCUGGGGUUUGAGUUUGGAGCGACCUACCAUGAUUAAGUACGGUGUCAGCAACAUCCGUGAACUUCUGGGUCACAAGGUGGACUUGAACUUCAUCGAGUCUAACCCGGCUGUUCGUCUCGAGAAGGAGUAA